AUGAGCGCUCCCACGACUCACCAACAGCAGCAUAGCUCGCUCUCUGCAGCAAGCUUCCUCGCUUCCAUUUCUGCCGAGUGCAGCACAUCUUUCGCCUCGACAAACAACUCUACUGCCAACUCUGCCCCUUCACUACCAAUUUCAGCCAAGGUCUCGCUCAUCGAUGCUCAGAUCGAGGCACUUGAGUGUCGCAUCGAACAGACUCUCGCAUCACAUGCCGACGAGCUCCGUCAAAGCGCUGCAUCCACCCGCUCCGUCAAUCACGACCUCAACCAGCUCUGGCGUUCCAUCAAUCAGACCAGCUCUCGUCUCGUCACUGUCGGUCCACAGCUGGCUCCAAUAGCAUCCGACUACCAUGAUGCACUUGCUCAGAGCUCAAAGCAGCGUCUUCUUAUCUCGGUCUUGUCCGAUCUACUAGCUGCAACCAAGCACCUCGAACGUCUUGAGAAACUGCAGCAUCAGAAUCAUUUGUCCACAUUGCCAGCCGAGUUGCCCAAAACAGCUGAGCUUCUGCAACCAUUCCGCUCUCGGCCUGCCUUGCAAAGCAUGCCUGCUGUCCUUGAGCUCAUGGCACGUUUCGACCGACUCUCAAGCAAGAGCAGGCAAGUCGACAGCCAACCUCUAUCUCGAAGCCUCCAAACUUCAAUUCCCUCCACGGCCUCACAAGCUCAAACUCGAGCAAGUCUCGAUAACAGCCGCGACCAUCACAAAACCCCAGCAAGCACCACCACCACAACAGGCCCGACCCUUUCACCGGCUCUCAAAGUACUUGAGUCUGCUCGUGACUUGAUCGUCUCACGCGGCUCGGAAGGAGGCUGGAAAGAAGUUCGCAUUGAGCUCGAUGCUCCUCCACCACCACCACCACCACCACCGCCACCUCCUCCUGCAGCUGCUCCUAUCUCACAACCAUCACUGCAACGAAGCGUCGACUCCAACAGAUCAUCGCUCGACAUACGAGCUGAACGCAUCCUUCGCGAGGACACGGCGCCAGGCUCGACCUCAUUAACGCGCAAUUCUUCCUCCUCCUCCGCCACAAAUCCUCGCAAUAGGCACAAACCCAAGCUUGGCGCUCGUGUCAUUCGCCCACAGGACCAGCUCGGUAGUGGACCUUUCAACCCCGAGCAAGCCGCAUUACAGGAAGAUGGCUGGGAUCUUGAUGAUCAAGACGAUGGCGAGACUACGCAGCCAACAACGGCAGUAUUACCUCCGCACUUGAACCAGCCGGUUCAUCAAACUGCGGCAUCGCUGGCACCCGCUAGUCACAACAGCUCGCCAAGCGGGUCUGUUGCCAUGCAAUGCAGUAUGACUUCCAGCUCAUCUCAACCAAGUGACUUUGCCGUCCAGGAUGCCGAGUCUCAGGCAAGCGGUGCUCGAUCGAGCAACAAUGUGGAUGCAUGGGGCCUGGGCGAGGAAGAAGUUGAGCCCAAAGCCGACGGCUGGGGUCUGAACGACGAUCUUCCACAGCAGCGCCCACCAUCACCCAAGAGAACCAAGAGAGCCAGUGUUCUCAUCAGACAUGCUCCUACUCCGACAAUCACUUCAGCUGCGACAGAUGCUUGGCAGCUUGACGAACAAGUCGAAUCGGAGCAGCCACCGGUCUCACAACAGAGGGAAGAAACAUCUGCACAAGCGCCAGUUGAGCCUGUUAUUCCUUCAGCGGCGUCAACAACCCCAAUCGCGACUGGAGACGCUUGGGACUUAGAAGAGGAUCCAGUUCCGGAGCCACUGCCACCAUCCCCCAAGAAGCCAGAAGAACCGGGAGAGGCACCUGCCACGCACCCUGAAGUCCUCGCUGCGACAGCCACUGCAAUCGCUGGAGAAGCUCAGAAUCUGGAAGAUGACAAAGUUCAGAUUAAGGAGCCGCUUUCUUUGCACAAUCAGGCGACACAUACUGCGGCACCUGCGGAAGUCAUUCCCCCAGCAGCUCAGCAAGCUAGUACAGCAGAUCAGGACGGAUGGGUCUUGCAAGAGGACACAGAGAUCGAUGUUGAUGACGAUCCAUGGGCAGCGGCAGAACAAUCCACCGAGCCUACACCAGCAGUACAAGCAGACACUCGCAUCGCGCCGCCGCCGGCAGAGGCUAGCAAGGUAGAGCCUUCAGAAGCGCUGGCCGCGCCCUUCACGAGAGCAGUGCCGGCGGAAGCAAUUCACCAGCCUGCGACGGCAGCACAGCAAACCGCGCCCGCCGAGGAAGCAUCGCAGCCGUCACACAAAGCACAAGAAUCGAGCAGCACAGCGCUCGCAACGACGUCAGCACCUCAGGCAACUUCUGCCUUUGUCGUCGAUAUGAAGGUAGAGGAGCCCAAAGAAGAGGCUUGGGACUUUGACGACAGCUCUAGCGCAUCUGAAGCCGACAGGGCCGAGAUUGCUGCCGUCACGCCUCUCCACAAAACAGAAUCAGCUGCUUCGUCCGCUCAGCAGCCGAGCAAGGUCGAGUCGGCAGCAAGAUCCAUUCCCAAAGAGACUUUUGCUGCACCUACCACUCAAAAGCCAGAGUCGGUCGCAAGCCCGCCCUCGUCACCAGGAGGAUGGGGUGAAGACUUUUCUGAUUCUGAGUCGACAGGCCUCCCUGUUUCGGCUUCACGGUCAAGUCUUGCUGCAUCUAGAUCGCUCCAGCCUCAGUCGAAAGCAGCAGUAGCAUCCAGUCACACAGAGGUCGCAUCCGCGCCUGAGCCUGCGACAGUGCUCAAGGAGAGAUGCACCAUCAGCCAGCGCUCAAUCGACCUCUUUCAGCUGGCAGAAUCGACCAUGACCUCUGUUAUCUCCCUUCUCCAAUCUGGCCAUGCCGGAGCCGAAGAAGCCGAAUCGCUCGGUGGAACCAUGUUCAAGAUGUUGGAACUGCACCGAGCCCUUAUGCCCGUUGCUCAUGGCCAAGUGCUCGGUGAGGUCCCCUCGCUCGCCAUGCAGUUCUUCAACGAUUGCGAAUAUCUUGCACAAAAACUCACUCGUCUCGUCUCUGACAGAGGCGAUGCCAUCGCUGCUGCUUGGCUCAGUCACGAUGCAGACUCGGCGAAGAGAUGGAAGACCAAAGAUGUGGCCAAGUUGGAACAAGAAGCUGCACUCACGCGCGCGCUGGGUCAACGAUGGUUCGAAGCGCAGAUGACGGCCCAGUCCAAGAUCUUACUCGAUACUCUUAUUGAAGCGGAUGGAUUUGCACGUACGUUUGACGACAAUCGAUUCGCCAGAUGUGAAAGGUGUAUCAAGCAGGUGGUGCAAACUCUGCAGCAGCUUGACAAGGCAUGGCGACCGGUACUCGUCGCUUCUCGUUUCCACGCUGCGAUCGGAAGACUGGUGGAUUUGGUGUUCCAGAAGGUACUGCACGACCUGCUGGAUCUGGAGGAGAUCGGCGAAAGCGAAUCCCAGAAGCUCGCUGCGCUAGUCAAGACGCUCGGCAGUCUAGAAUCUCUGUUCACAAUGUCCGACGGACAGAGCGGAGCACCGCUUUGGGUGCCUAGUUGGUUCAAGACGAGCUAUCUGAUUGAGAUUCUGACUGGAUCGUUGGUCGAUAUUGAGUUCUUGGCUUUCGAGGCUGGUGCGUUAGUGGAUUACAGCAGGAAGGAGCUCACUGGAUUGAUCAAAGCCCUGUUUGCUGAUACGCCGAACAGGAGCAAGUUGCUGAGGAGGAUUGAAGGGGCUAGUGUUGAUGUUCUUGCUCGUUGA